AUGACCGCAGAAAGCUCGCCCACCGAGGCAAGUCCCGUCGUGAUGUCUCCCAACGUGAGCUUAGAUUCCCCGCUGCCCCCCCUGAUGCCGCAGGCCCGGUCCAAGGAGAACAUUUUGAUCAAAUCCGAGCCCCGCGGGAGCAGUCCCGGCACGGAGGACGCGGGCGCCCUGUGCCAGACCGAAGAGCACCUGCCGUCGGGCAGCCGGCGCAGGAAGAGGCCCAUCCAGAGGGGCAAGCCCCCCUACAGCUACAUCGCCCUCAUCGCCAUGGCCAUCGCCAACUCCCCGGAGAGGAAGCUCACCCUGGGCGGCAUCUACAAGUUCAUCAUGGAGCGGUUCCCCUUCUACAGGGAGAACUCCAAGAAGUGGCAGAACUCCAUCCGCCACAACCUGACCCUGAACGACUGCUUCGUGAAGAUCCCCAGGGAGCCCGGCAGACCGGGCAAGGGCAACUACUGGACGCUGGACCCCGCGGCCGAGGACAUGUUCGACAACGGGAGCUUUCUGAGGCGGCGGAAACGCUUCAAGCGCACGGACGUGAGCACGUACCCGGGCUACAUGCAGAGCUCCAGCGCCUUCACGCCGACGCCCAUGGGCCGGCCGUCGUACCCCAACACCCUCUACGCGGGGAUAGGGUCGGGCUACGGUCCGCAGCUGACCGGGACCUCCCCGCAUCCGGCCAUGCUGCACCACUACCAGACCCCCGGGGGCGCGGGCGCGGGCCAGCCGCGCAUGUUCAGCAUAGACAACAUCAUCAGCCAGCAGCCCGGGGAAAUCAACUCCCAGGCCCUGCAGGGGCUGGGCGCGGGCGACCUGCAGGGCGCCAUGGCCUCCGGGUGCGCGGGGAGCGGGCCCGACGCGUCGGCGUGCUUCCAGACGCAGGCGGUCAACCAGCAGACCAACAUGCUGUCCAGAAACAGCGGGAACCUGUCGUGCAACCUGGCCCCCGGGUACCCGUACUCCUCAUCGAGCUCCCCCCCGAACCUGCCCUCCAUGAGCCAGUCGGGGUUCUCCACCGGGGGCUCGCAGGUGUACUGCGCCGGGAACAGGCUCUCCCUGCCCGCCCUGCGCCCCGGUUCUUGCGCCGAGCACACGGAGCAGCUGCUGGGCCUCUCGGGGCCCAUCAAUUCCUUCAACAACAGCUACAUGAGACAAGCCAAUUUCCCGUCGGGAUUAGAGCGGUACAUGUGA